AUGGCCCCCUCUCCUUACGCCCCCUCUCCCUCUCCCUCCCCCACCGCCCCCCUCGUCCAGAUCAUCCCGCUCUUUACCCCUUCCCCCGACGGCGACUCCGCCCUCGUCUCCCUCGACGCCCAUCUCACUCUCCCCCAGUACACUCAUUACCACUCUGUCCCUCUCCAGUCCUUCCAGCCCGUCUACUACGCCCUCAAUGACGGCUCUCUCCUCACCCCCUUCUACCUCGACCACAUCCACAUCCCAAAGCUCUGGCUCUUUGCUGCAGGUGCCCUCUCCGUCUUCUUUCUCCGCAACACCGUCGUCGCCCUCUCCUUCAUCCGCAGAAGCAGGGUCAAGGACAAGACCCUCUUCUAUCUCCUCCUCAUCAGUCAGCUCUUCGGCCUCCUGGGCUCCCUCGCCCUCGUGAUCGCCGACUUUAAUCAAUCCGUCAGUUGCACUGCGAUAGGCGCCGCAAAGAAGGUCUUUGUCCAGAUGUCCUGUGAUACCAUGAUCACCGGCAUUCUCGGCGUCAAGGCCUAUCGAUGUCUCGCUAACGCAUCUAUUGUCCUCGCCUUUCUGCUUGCCGCCGGCGCAGUCAUGAUGGUCCUUCUCGGUAUAUCCGUCUCACGCUACCAGGCAGUUAGGUCGAUAUAUGGCAUAUGUGAGGACGUAAAUGUUGAUUGGAUCACAUCUGCCAUCAUCUUGACGGCGUUUGUCGAAACUGCGGUCAUAUGCUUAUGUUUUCUCUUUGCAAUCUGGAAGUCGUACCGGACACGUGCAGAAGCUCGGCUCAAUUUAAGAAUGUCCGAGGAGGGCACCGUGAACUCUUCGGUGGAUGGUGCCAAACAGAGCGGCGAGAGCACCUGCAUACGUCGGGGUUGGUGGGACUAUGUGCCCCAAGUUCAAUCACAUUCCCUGUCUGCCGUACAUACAUUCUCUCUCCGUGGCGUCUCUCGGACAUUCAUGUCAAGAUUGCGUCGUCUAUGGACUGACGAUGAGUAUCCAUCUGCCAUUGCUUUUCAACGCAAGUCUUCUCUUCCGGGGGAAUACCCGAUUCCUCAGCCUCCUCGCGCGCUGGUCCCGCCUAGUUCUAGCGACGCAUCUCCGCGAACAUCAAGAAUAGAGCCAAAUCAAUCGACGCGAACGCCCCGCUCUACUCAAUGGUCGCCUCUCGCUGCGAUCCGUAAAUCAAUCAGAUAUUUUACUCGAAUCGAACUGUUCCGGAAGAUGCUUCGCGAUGAGUUGCUAUACACGACGUUUCUCGCCGUGAUGUUCUUGGCCAUUGCCAUAGUGAUGCUGGUUGGGGUAAACAAGCAGGUCUUCCUUGGAUCCGACGGAUGGAUAAUGCUAGACUGGGUCAUCAUAUCUCUCUUUACGAUGCACAGCUUUAGGCGAGUCGUUCGGCGGCACGAGCUAGAAGCUGUUCUACAGCAUCCCUCUGCUUGGGACCGCAUUCUGCACAGUGAUCCCGACUAUACAAAUGUCUUUUUCGCGAGACGGUCCAGACGCUCAAAAUCUCCGCAAGAACAUGCAGGAGCUCAACUUUAUUCACGGCGCAGUGGGGCUCCAUCAAUGCAAUCUGAAACGAGUAGCUGUUCAGGCUCUGAAAAGUCUGAUGAUACCCCCAUCUCGCCUCAUACACGACUCCAUCCUCCCACGCCGCGGAAAUCCUCCAUAGCAUCGACGAUAUCGUCACACCGUGCCGCACAUUCACUUUCAUGCGAUCCGGCUCAACCAGCAUUCUCGUGGGAUUCUGCUAUUGUGCUGCCAACCCUCCCUUCUGUUCCCGACGACAAUGCGUACACUUCCGAGGAUCGUGAAGCAUCGUCCGCUGAGGGGCAGAUGGAUACUUUAUACCCGCCAAUCGACCUCGCAGACAUGCGGUCACGUUAUGACCAAUUAUCACGUUCUUUUGACCCACGGACGCUUUUGCGAACUUAUUCAGACCGGCCAGAUUUGGAUACCGAUUGGAGAAGGGGUAGCUAA